AAUUUGCAUGAUAUAAAAGAGGUAAAUUUUUUUUAUAUAAAUAUUAAAUAUUGGACGUAUUCUUGUACUUUGUACUGGGUCAAAUUCCAUGUGAUAUUCCGUACUUGUAACAGAUCUAUACGCUUCACUUUGGUAAGUAGUCAUAAACGUGUUUAUCUUUUUUAUUUGUGCCCCUUUUAUCGGAUUUUUGUAGAAUAUUAUUAAAUAUUUAUAAAGCUGGCUGGCGGUUUUGUGAUGUGGUUGGGGGUUUCACUAAAGUGGGGCGGUGAUCAAGAGAGUUUAAUAUCAGAGAGACUGAAUUAUUCACAAUAUAUAUGUAUAUUGACCUGUGUUUGUUUGGCAAAUACAUAUGUGAUAGGAACAAUUCGCACAUUUGUUUAUAUUCCCAAUUAUUGUGUGAAUACAUAUGCUAUAUAAUAUCUAAUAAAAACACUUAUGCCCGUCCAUUGAGUCACGCAUAGUACAUAACUAUGUGGCUACAUGUAAUUAAGGGAUGUUGUUCAUGAUCCUGGUUUUCUGGGAAGGCUGGGUGAUUUUGAUGUAAUGAAAUAAGUCACUAGGCUUUAAAACGGAAGUUCAAACGCCGGUUGAAGGGCCUGCCAUGGUUCAUACCAUGUAAACUCUAUGCCGGAGAUACACCCAAAAACUAAAACUCAAGUCGAAAUAGACAAUCCUGUGUGCCUUCAAAACUGUAAUGUAAUCUUAUGCCAAUAUACCAACGACUUUGAGUAAUCUUACGACUAUAGCCGACAAAUUUUGUAACCUCAUGCCGGAGAUCUCUGGCAUGGAAUGCACCCUCCCGUUCCCUUCUGACUGGAGGAGUUUUUUUCGUAGUGGGAGUCAGUAGCAAGUUGCAUUAUAUUUUACCAUAUAUUCAAAACUGUGUUUUAGAUUUUUAUCAUACAAAAUUUUCCACAAUGGAUCAAACGUAUCUUCAAGAGCCUUUGGCCACAAACGAUCCGGAGGUUUACGAAAUCAUAAAGAAGGAAAAGACUCGUCAAGUCAGAGGAUUGGAGCUUAUUGCAUCUGAAAACUUUACGAGCAAGGCGGUGCUGGAGGCGAUGGGGUCUUGCAUGCAUAAUAAAUAUUCUGAGGGUUACCCGGGCAAACGAUAUUAUGGUGGGAAUCAGUUUAUUGAUGAGAUGGAAAUUUUAUGUCAGAAUAGAGCAUUGCAGGUUUAUGGGUAUGUGGCAUUGGUAAACAUAUGUAACAUAGGUUUUCUUCAUUGUUUAGAACUGAUAAAGCUACCCAGUAUAAAUAGAAUUAGUUUAGGUUUCCUCCUAAACACACUGGAUCAAUAAGAGAUGACCCUUAUUGGACUUCUAAGGAUAACCGUUUAGAACUGAUAGAGCUGCUCAGUAUAAAUAAAGUUAGUUUAGGUUUCUUCCUAUAGUAAAACUGGAUCCAUAAGAGAUAACCCCUUAGUGGACUUCUAGGAAACACAGUUUAGAAAUGAUAAGAGCUAUCCAGUAUAAAUAAAGUUAGUUCAGUUUAAUCCAGCUGACCCAAAAGCUUUGUUUUGAUUAUUUAUUGUAGCCUAGAUCCAGAAAAAUGGGGUGUAAAUGUCCAACCGUAUUCAGGCUCACCGGCAAAUUUUGAAGCCUACACAGCAUUGUUGAGUCCGCACGACCGAAUCAUGGGGUUGGACCUUCCUGAUGGCGGACAUCUCACCCAUGGUUUUAUGACAGACAAGAAGCGAAUCUCUGCCACAUCGAUAUAUUUUGAAUCCAUGCCAUACAAAUUGAACCCUGAGACUGGCUACAUUGACUAUGACAAGCUAGCUGAGAAUGCAAAGUAAGUUUUGGGGUGCUACUAUGUACUAAAUUGAAUAAAAUUCACAGUUGAAUAGGGUUAGGGUAAGUUAGGAGUGGGAUUAUUGUUAGGAUUAGGGUACUAAGUCAUUGAACUGCAAAGACCAUUGAUUAAACAAUGACUCGGACAUUUGACUCAGACUUGACUCGGAUUUGACUCGGUUAACCGACAUCAAGUGAUACGCUUACCUAUAAUUACAUACUUGGCCUAGACUAUUUUAUCUUUACAACAAUUGUGAUAUUACUUUCUUAACUAUGUUUAUCCAGAGUAACCCACCCUGUCAACUUUCCCUGCGGGAGGAAACCGUAGACCCGGAAGAAUUAAACCUACUUUUGGCAGAAUGUUGACCGACUCACUUUUUAUGUGAGUCCAUAGCGAGAAUCGAACCCAUGAACUCAGAGGUAAAAGGACUACACCGAAUCCUUAUUUGCCCUUUUACUUUUUUCUUAGACUGUUUCGUCCUAAGAUCAUCAUUGCAGGCUACAGUGCGUAUCCUCGCGACCUAGACUACAGGAGGUUCCGCGAGAUUUGUGAUAGCGUUAAUGCCAUCCUACUUGUCGACAUGGCCCAUUACAGCGGGUUGGUUGCGGGUGGAGUGAUCACCAGUCCCUUUGAACUUGCUGAUAUUGUCACCACGACUACCCACAAGUCCUUGCGUGGCCCGCGAGCAGGCAUGAUAUUCUACCGAAUAGGCGUCAAAGGUCAUUCAAAAACUGGCCAACCGAUUAUGUAUGAUUAUGGCCCACGGGUGAACAGUGCGGUAUUCCCCGCCCUUCAAGGUGGCCCACAUAACCAUGCGAUUGCCGCUCUAUGUGUUGCCCUCAAGCAGGCACUCAGGCCUGAUUUUAAGGAGUAUGCACAACAGAUUAUCGAUAAUUGCAAAGCCAUGGCAAAAGUUCUGGUUACCAAAGGGUACACUCUGGUCUCGGGUGGCACCUCUAACCAUCUCAUAUUGUGGGACCUACGACCGCUUGGGACGGACGGAGCGAAAAUGGAAAAAAUACUGGAAGAAAUUUCUAUUACAGGUAGGUCUAUCUUAAUCAUGGAUUACAAUAUACUGUAUUGGGCUAUAUCCUGUGAAUAAUGGCUGAUAUUAUAUACAAGAGAUGCAUCAACUUGGAGGAAAUCUGCUUAACCAUUGAGGAACUACUCAGCAGUGGCGUGCUGGGUACUAUUUUUCUGGGGGGGCCAGUUGGCUGGCAACUAAUAUGCGCCCCUAUAAUAUUACUCUUGAUAAACGAGGGCCGAAGGCACGAGCCGAGCGCCGCAGGUGCGAGGUUGUUCUAGGGGGUUCGGGGGCAUGCCCCCCAGGAAAAUUUUUGAAUCUAGAGUCUCUGAAAUGCCAUUUCCUGGACUUUGGGGGAAGAUUUGACAGAAAUCUGAUGGUCAGGAAACGGCAUUACAACGUGUCGAAAUUUGAAAAUUGGUUAGAAUUUAGUAGCAGCACUAUUAAAUUGGGCAAUGCUAACUACUUCCAGCAAUUAAUCUAAUCCCAAUUUUAUUCUCUACUGAUCUGAAUACAUUUACAACUUACAGCUCUUUUAUACAAUAACACACGGACCCCACGCAUAUGCAUUUUAAGGUUUCCUUGCCUGGCUGCCAAAAGGGCGUGUUUCAUCAUUAU